CGCGCCUGCCCGAGCGCGGCCCCCGAAAUGCCCCCGCCCGGUCGCCCCGGCAGGACGCUGCCCGCUUCGGCCCCGCAUGGAGCCCUCGCUGGAGAACUACUGGGACCAGAGCCCGGGCCAGGAUGACCUUUCAUCAACUGGUCCUCAACUAUACACUCCCAUGAGCCCCUUUGACACAGACCUACCGAUUCAAGCCGCUCAAAGUGCAUCAUUCGAUUCUCAUCUUGACCAAUCCAAAGAACUUUCUACAGACUUCUCUUCUGUGGAUCUCAGCUUUCUUCCAGAUGAUCUUAACCAAGAAAAUGGAGAACAAACUCAUUCGGAAGACGGUCAUGAAGUGCAGAGAGAGCAAUACAGGUCACAGUUGACAGAGCAGGACAGUGGGUUCUUAAAUGACAGCAAUUUGUCACAACUGAGCUAUGCGGACGCAACUCAGCCCUCACCUGAAACAUCUGGUGCCUGUCCCCCUUUGACACCUAUGACUCCUAUCACCCCAAUGACACCCGUUUCGGAAAGCUCUGGCAUAGUUCCUCAGUUACAGAAUAUAGUGUCCACUGUAAACUUGGCUUGUAAACUAGAUCUGAAGAAUAUAGCUCUGCAUGCCAGAAAUGCAGAAUAUAAUCCAAAGAGGUUUGCUGCUGUGAUAAUGAGAAUCAGAGAACCAAGAACAACGGCCCUUAUAUUCAGUUCCGGCAAAAUGGUCUGCACGGGAGCAAAAAGUGAAGAGCAGUCCCGGCUUGCGGCUAGGAAGUAUGCACGUGUGGUGCAGAAGCUUGGGUUCCCUGCCAAGUUCCUGGACUUCAAAAUACAGAAUAUGGUGGGCAGUUGUGAUGUGAGGUUCCCCAUCAGGCUGGAAGGAUUGGUUCUAACUCAUCAGCAAUUCAGUAGUUAUGAACCAGAACUAUUUCCUGGCCUUAUUUAUAGAAUGGUCAAACCAAGGAUUGUGUUGCUUAUCUUCGUGUCUGGAAAAGUUGUUUUGACUGGUGCCAAGGAGCGUUCUGAAAUCUAUGAGGCAUUUGAAAACAUCUAUCCUAUUCUAAAGGGUUUCAAGAAAGCAUCUUAAAAUUUCUUUCAAAAAAAAAUCAAGAGGAAUAUAUAGGUUUGUAUGUUUAUGCAUAGAACCAAUGUAAUAGUAUUCCUAUACCUAAAUACAGAUUUGUGGAUUACUAGGCCUAUAAAGCCAUUUUGAACACACUAUAAAUUAUGACUAGAUAGAUGCUUUCUUUUGUAAGUAGCAUGAAACAAUUUUGCUGUAAAACUUGAUGUUUCUAAUGAGUUUGGUCAUUGUAUCAAGUUCUGUUAAAGAAUUCACAAUAAGCAAAAGUACAUUUACUUUUGAACAGGAAUGUAAAUUAGCACCAUUAUUGCACUAAAAAAUAUUUUACAGUACAAUUAAUGGAAAUCUGUUUUUCUGCAGUAGAAUGGAU